AUGCGCCAGGUGUGAACCGAUAACAAUUGCACAGAAAUUUCACCGGUGUAGGGUUUUGAGAGAUAAGCGUAAUAUAGAAAUGGCCCUGAAAGUUUCAGGUCAGCAAGACACUGAUCCAUUCAAAGGUGAACACGAUGGCAAAGUGAGGGAGGUGGGAAACCAGGCAGUGUGGUCUUUAUCUUCAUGUAAACCAGGUUUUGGAGUUGAGCAGCUCCGUGAUGAAUCCAUGGACACAUACUGGCAGUCAGAUGGACCCCAGCCUCACUUGGUCAAUAUACAGUUCCGCAGGAAGAUGACCAUUCAGAAUAUCUGUAUAUAUGCAGACUACAAGUCAGAUGAAAGUUACACGCCAAAUAAGCUGUCCAUACGAGCGGGCAAUCACUUCAAUGAUCUGAGUGAGAUAGAACAAGUCGAGAUGACAGAACCAACAGGAUGGGUAUAUGUUCCUUUAAAAGACAUCAAUGAGAAACCAAUCAGGACCUUUAUGAUACAGAUAGCUGUGAUAUCAAAUCAUCAAAAUGGACGUGAUACCCACAUGCGGCAAAUCAAAGUACAUUCACCUGUGGAGGACAUCUCCAUGGCAAAAAUGCCCAAUUUUACAACAAUAGACUGUUCACAGUUUAACACUAUCAGGUGAAGUUUGGAUAAC